GCUCUGACCCAUUCGAAUUAUGCAUUCUUUGUUCUAAUUUAGGUCAUUUACAAUUAUGAUACAUUUAUCGUUAUUUUUAAUUAUUCGAUUUACAACUGAAUUAUAAAGUAAAAAAUUGCACUUCAAAUACGAGAAUGAAAAUGGAUGGUGAUCAAGGAAAGGAUAGUCCUUCCAAACCAACUGAAAAUAUUAAUACUAAAUCUGCAAAGCCAUUAGGAUUAAGUACAAGAAUUGCUCUUGAAAUAUUACAACGUGAUGUUAAAAGAGUUUUACAAGAAUAUGAAGAAGAGUACAAAAGAAAUAAAAAAUAUAAAGCUUGGCUAAAGGACACAUUACAUCAUCGUAGUCAAUAUACAACUCUUUGUUGGACUUCAGCAAUUGCACUUUUGAUCAAUGCCAUUAUACUUGUUAUUGCAUUCUUCACAAUCAACGAUACAUGGUAUCCUACACUGCCUUAUGAAGGACUGACUGUUUGUUGUCUAGUGAUGUUAAAUUUUAUUUUAGUUGUAUCUGAUAAUAAAUUACGACAUGAAGAAAUUCCUUAUAGAGUACGAGGUCUCCUCGACCAAUUAGAAGUGGCAAAAAACACUUGCCAAUGGAAUCCAGAGAAUUAUCCACAUUUAUGCAGUCCAUUGUCUCCUUGCUUAACUUUACAGUGGACUUAUCGCGAUGGUCGCAUAAUUAAUUUACCCUGGGCAUUGUUAGUUGCUAGUGAUAUAAUUGUCAUAAAACCCGGACAACAAGCACCUGGAUAUUGUGUCCCUUAUGAUGAUGCUGAUGCACCAGUAUUACAUGCAAGAGAAGUAUAUAGUCCUCAAGUUCACAGUGCUAAUGAAAUAUUUUCAACGCCACAGGCACGAACGCCUUUAAAAAAUAAAAUUUACAAACUUCAAGAAACACCAUAUUUAAUGAAUCUCAGAAUGGCUCUCGAUCAAGCUUUAGACAGACCGGUCACAUAUCACAAUCGCAAACGGCAUCUUUUAAUGAUAUGUUGUAUCGAACAAUUGGCUUAUCCAAUUCUUUUGAUUAUCGUUCUAGUUGCUAAUUUAUUUCGAUAUAUGUAUGUGUCAGAAUAUUUCGGUGUUGGUUAUUGGAAUGAAAUGUUCCUGUUACAACCGAUUGCUAUUAGUAUCCCUUUACUUCCGUUAGUAUUCCCGACUUGUUGGAUUUUUUUAAAUUGUUUUGGAAUGGCUCGUUUCAAAGCUUUAUUUAAGCUUUAUCAAUCUUCAAAGAAACUUCAGUUUGUAGAUCCUUUUGAAGAUGCGGAUAUUUCUGGGCCUAGCCAUCCAGAAGUAGUGUACAAUUGGUUGGAAUUAAAAGAAUACUUUUUUGAUAUAUUGUUUGGUAAAGAACACAUGAUGUCAAGAUCCGCCAGUAUUCUACAUGUUUUAGGAUCAGUCACGGCAUUGUGUUGUGUGGAUAAAAAAGGGAUCCUUUCGUGGCCUAAUCCAACUGCCGAGAAAGUAUUCUUUUUACGAAAUGCUAAUACUCUAUCUCCAUCUUCAAGUACUGGUAGCUUAGAUAGAAAUUCAGAACCUCAGUAUCAGACACAAACUGACGACUCCAAACAAGAUUCGAAUAAGACAUCCUAUGUAACUCAUGAUAUGUCCCAUUCAACAGCUGAAGUUUUGGAUCUUACUCAUGACCAUGCUUUACCAUUUCGUCUACAGUUCGAUGACCAUUCUUGGAGGCAACAUUUGAACUCAUUAAAACCCCUAGGUUUAGCGAUUCUUCUCAACACAUGUAAUAUGGAUACACAAGAGCAUUACAUGCAGUUUUGUUGCCAUGUCACGUGUGAAGCUCUUUUUAAUGAAAAUCUAGUACCAGUAACGAACAGACGCUACCAGGAUCACAGUGUAGAAGAUAAGAGUGGGUAUCAGGCAAAAGAUACAAUGCAAAGUUCAAGACAGGUGUAUUUAGUCGACGAAUCAGGGAGCCUUGGACAUAUGUGGUGUUUAUGCGAAUUAGCCAAGCAGAUAGGUUUCCAAGAUCAGGCACAAAAUAUAUUUCAAUUGGAGCAACAGUUGUCCACGUUUAGGCAUGUUCAACCAGAAAUGGUUCGACGAGAUAUCAAAUUUGCACGAUCUUUGAGUAUCGCGACAAAAUUAAAAUUUCCAUUUCCGCACAUGGUAGCUGUAGUAGUUAGAGAACGCAGUGGCGGAGGUUUGCAAUUACUUACACAGGGUACAGCGGAUAUAAUAUUGGAUUCUUGCAUCGAAUUUUGGGAUGGUCAUGAUCUCUGUCCAUUAUCAGCAUCGGAUAGGAAAAAGGUGCAAGAUUUUUAUCAAAGAACGAGCUUAACAUCAUAUUGUACUGCAUUUGCGUAUAGGCCACUAACACGUGGUAUUUGUGAUAAAAUGUCUAAAAUAUAUUUAGAACUUCCUGCAGAUAGUAAACAUUUAUAUGCACCUCAUAGGAGUCCUACUCCUUUACCUUGGGACUUUAGAAAUGUUCUUGAUCCUAGAGUGAAAGGCAUACUUGGACAAUUUCACUCGACUGAUUCUUUAUUGUGCAAUGAAAACAAAGACGACGUUGUAAAUGAUGUUGAUAGCUGCUUUGACAUUCAAUGUAAUCAAGUUUUUAUUGGUAUGGUCACUAUGCAAUAUCAAGCACAAACAGAUAUGGUACAAUUAAUUGAACAACUCGACAGAGCUUGUAUCCGAUUUGUUCACUUCAGCAAAGAAAACGAAUUAAGAUCACGUGUAUUCUCGGAAAAGAUGGGCCUCGAAAGCGGAUGGAAUUGUCACAUAUCGUUGCUCAGUGAAAGAGCUAGGAGACAGCAAUGGCUGGAGAGAUAUCCACACAUGCCUCCAUCGUAUAUGUCCGAGAGUCUAGUGGGUUGGUGGGUGAGCCAGGCAGCAGCCAUGUCCUCACCCACUCCCUCGGCCCAAUCUCAUCAGCAUAAUUACUCCUGCAUGGAUGAGGCCAGCCACUUGCUUAAUCGUGUCUCUCCUCGCACCAAUUUGGAUAAUAGCCGUGCUAUGAGUAUGUCAGCACCAAGCGCUAUAAAUACCGAUUUCUCCACCGUGAAAUUCGAUGAUGAAACCACGGAAUGGAAUGACACGGGAACAUCUCAAGUUAAAAGCGCUAUGAGCCACAGGGAACAGGACACGGUGAGAAGCGAGGAUAGCGUGCUUGUACAAAGCGUAGAUCUGGGUUCCGGGCAAGAAGCAUGGAGAUCUUUGAGUUGUCUCACAGACAGCACGGAGCAAAGCGCUCCUGUAAAUUUUGACUUGUCGAAUAGGGCAAAACUACCUCGAGGCAUCGAUAAGAUUCGACCACACAUAGAAUUAAUAGACAAUGUACCCCUUUUGGUAUCUCUGUUCACCGAUUGCAACACCGCUGUUACAAGGGAAAUGUUGCACAUUAUGCAAGAUUAUGGAGAAGUUGUAUGCGUACUUGGCUCCUCUGCUAAUGCAGAAAAUAUGCCCAUCUUCAUGCAAGCAGAUGCAGGAGUGGCGGUAGAACCAUUGUAUCCACAAGUUUGUCAAAGAGUUCCUGUAUUGACACCAACCAAAGACGAUCAGGGUCCAUCUCCAGUUGAUUUAAGCAGAGCAUUGAAUUCUGUUGCUUGCUCUUUAAGCGUGAAACGAGAAGAUCCAAUUGCAAUUUUUCACUUAAUCAUGGAGGCUCGGCAUUAUAUGAUGUGCCUCUGGAAUUGUGUGCAAUUCUGGCUCUGUUGUACAGUUACUCUCUCCUUCACACAAGCUAUGUCCGGUUUCCUGUUACUACCGCCCUUAUUUUCGGUUGAUCAAGUCUUAUGGUUGUGUUGCUUAAUCAUUCCAAUAUUAUCUAUAUCUAUGAUUGCUACACCAAUGGAUCCUACUAUAAUGCAACGUGCAACUGGUAAAAACCAAUGUACUGUAAAUGGCCAGGUUGCAUUGUUUGUUCUUUGGUGUUAUGGCAGUAAAUUUUUGCCGACAGUCAUAACGAUAGUUCUGUCGCAAUGUAUUUCAUUUUUAUCUUUGUGCCCUACUUAUACACCAGAUUCUAAAUGCUUGUAUGUAUACCCAGAUACACAAGGAGAAGUUUCAUGGGGUGGUUGGGGUGACAAACCAAAUAUUAUUUUAGUGAUACAACAUUUUGCUUUGUCGCUGUUAGUUUUACAUUUGGUAACAAUAUCCAUAAGCUUUGUACAUAGAGAAUAUUCUAUUUGGAAGAAACAACCCUUUAACAAUUAUGUAUGGUUUUUCAGUGCAUUUAUAGCAUUAUGCGCACAAGCUGCAUUCUCAGGAACAGUGUUUUGUAAAUUCUGGAAAGACGAAGGACAAAGUAUAAAAGACUUUCCUUUACAUCUUCCUCUAUUUUUCUUAGUUUCAUUACCACUAAUCUUUGCUAUUAACGAAUUGAUCAAAUGGCAGGAAAUCAAGGUAAAUGUGAGGUAUCAAAAAAGAGCACGAUUAGAAUUUGGUACAAAACUUGGUAUGAAUUCACCAUUUUAAAAAAAUUUUUCUUCUAAA